AUGUCCUACAGCCGCUGCUCUGGAAACUUCUCCUCCAGCUCCGUUCAGGGCUGCCUGUCACGGUCCAGGUCCUCCUGUGGCUCUGCCUUCCCCAGCAACCUGGUCUACAGCACUGACCUCUGCGCUCCGGGCUCCUGCCAGCUGGCCUCUUCUCUCCACGGUGGCUGUCAGGACACCUGUGGCGAACCCAUGCGCUGCCAGAGUUCCUGUGUGGUGUCCAGUCCCUGCCAGAGUUCCUGUGUGGAGUCCAGUCCCUGCCAGAGUUCCUGUGUGGAAUCCAAUCCCUGCCAGAGUUCCUGUGUGGAGUCCAGUCCCUGCCAGAGGACCUGCUACAGCCCCAGAGUGUCUACGUUCUGCAGUCCCUGCCUCACAACUUACUCUGGAUCUCUGGGCUUUGGGUCCAAUGCUUGCCACCCGCUAGGGUAUGGAUCUAGAAGCUCCUGCUCACUGGGGUAUGGAGGCUUCGGAUCCCUGGGUUAUGGAGUCUAUGGCUUCCCUUCCCUGAGUUAUGGGUCUAGAUUCUGUUACCCUACUGCUUUUCCUUCUAGAUCUUUCCAUUCUUCUUGUUUCCAGCCUUUCUAUAGAUCUGGUUUCUACUGAAUGAUCUGUGGAUUGGCUUAACAUAGUUAGAGAAACCAAGAUUCAACAGUAAGAUUACCUAUGAAUUGAGAAGUGUUCUAAUAUUCCUAUGAACCCUAUUUCCUUUCUGUCUUUCAAAUUUGAUAAUUCAAAUUACAAAAUUAAGUAACUGUAAAUUGUCUUGCUGACAUAAAAGAUACUUUUGGCAUUUCUU